AUGAUAGGUGUCCGGCAGGGAGUUGCUGAUAGGGAACUGUUGCCGACUUUGAGCUUUCCUGUAGAAUUUGGCUUACUUAAUGUGAAGGUCAACACUGCUCACGUUAAGUCGAAACAAACUUAUAUGUAUUUAAAGUAUUUAUUGAAUGUCAAUCUCGUAAGAAAUGACCAUCAAGAAGCCAUGGAAGGGCAUAGAAGAUUUACUACACAGGUCACCUGGAAGAAGGGUCCAAUAGUCGCACAGCUUGUUACGCACAUCCCUGAUUGUGUGGUUCACCUCGAUCAUUCCAAGAAACUGCCACAUUUUGACCGUUUUGAUGGUGUGGUUUUCUUUGCUGAUGUAUCAGGUUUCACCUCACUUUGUGAGAAGUAUACAAUGAGUGGUGCCAAAAGUGGCAUUGACCAGCUCACAAAGACUCUGAAUGGUUAUAUCGGUGCUCUUGUUGAUCGAAUCCUCUCAGCUGAUGGAGAUGUCCUGGAAUAUGCAGGUGAUGCUAUUCUUGCCAUUUGGACUGUGAAAGAUUUGGAUCAUCUGCCUGGGGCUAUUUUCAGGGCCAUCAAAUGUGCACUCAGCAUACAGAGGAAUUUCAACGCAUGGGAAACUGAUGUUGGUGUCACACUUCGGGUCAAAAUAGGUAUCGCGGCUGGUGAGAUAUGUAUCCAAUAUCAGGGUCAUGAUGAAUUCCGUCACUACACAGCAACGGGGAAAGCCGUCGAGGAUGUCAACACAGCUGAGACGUACUGUCAGUCCGGCUAUAUUGUUGUCUCACCGCAUGCGUGGAGUUUGUGUACGGAGAAGAUUACGAAAGAUGUGAUACAUGAAACUGUUCAGGAUGGCAGGCAUGUCAGGGUUUGGGAAGGUUUUGGUGGACAUUCGUCAGGGUACAACAUAAAAAGAACCAUCAAGCCAAACGAUGCUCAGAAAGAGGUCAAGAAUAAGAAUCUCGGUGAAAAACUGAAAAAGCUUCUUCAAGAUGCAGAUCAAUAUUCUGGCGCAGGACUGUUGAAUGCUCCUAGGUGUGAAUAUGGCAACAAGUUGCGCCAGUCUCUGCUAGUGGCUGAUGAUGACGUGUUGAAGAGUAAACUCAAGUUGUACAUUGUUAAACCUGUCAUCAAGAAGCUUGAUGAUGACCAGCCUCUUGAGUACUUGUCAGAGGUGAGAGAGGUGACUAUCAUGUUCACCAACCUCUCUCUGAAUGACCGCAUGACCCAUGAGGAGAUGUCAGUCGUCCUACAAGAGUCCUUUGAGAUUGUCUAUGGUCUCUGUGCGCCACUCAAUGGAUGUCUCAACAAAAUAUUUGCCUUUGACAAAGAUGCAAAGGCACUCAAUUUUCUGACCAUAUUUGGUCUUCCUGGCUUCAAGCACGAGAACGACAGCCAACACGCCCUGCAAGCUGCCUCUCAAGUCCAUGCAGCCUGUCUUCUAAUGAACCAUGUAGAGGCUGUGUCUAUAGGUGUAACAACAGGUGCCACAUUUUGCGGUGUCAUUGGUCACAAACAUCGGCAAGAAUACACAGUGAUUGGUCGUAAAGUGAACAUGGCAGCCAGGUUCAUGAUGCACUACCCCAAGCGGGUGGUGUGUGACAAGGAAACGUUCUACAACGCCAAACUCAGCAAGUCUCAGUUCAAUGAGAUGGACGCAAAAACUCUGAAAGGUUUACAGAACGUGGGCACAGUACGCGAAUACAUUGGAAGUGGAGAUGUGGCAACAGGGAGUCAAAGGAAAUACCGGAAGUUCUUCUACCCGCUGUUGAGCCGUAAGAAAGAGGUGCAGACUAUCAGACGGCAGAUCUUGUGGAAGCGAGAUGGCGGUGAUGAGGUGCCACCAGGCAUGAGUGACAUCAUCAUCAUCGAGGGAGAAGCUGGUGUGGGAAAGACACGAUUGCUUUGUGAUAUAUUGUCAUACGCUGACCAGGAGGAGAAGAUCGGAGUUUUCUUCUGUCAGUGUACAAUCAACAGCAAGAGGAUCCCAUACUUCACGGCGCGAUCCUUGCUGGCCGAGAUGUUGAAACUCGACAUGACGGCGCACUACCAGGAGCGAGAACUUGUGCUGCUGGAGAUGUUCUCGCAUCAGGAAAUCACGGAUGCUCUCUUCUUGCUCAAUGAGAUUUUUCAUGUCAAGUUCCCAGUUGUACAAGAUACCGUCUACAAUGAGAGGGAAAAUGGCAUAUUAGACCUGAUUGAGAGAAUAGUAUAUGAGGCCAGCAGCAAGUACGGCUUCAUGCUCUUCACUGUCGACGAUGCGUUCUACAUGGAUAAGGAAUCCUCAAUGUUCCUCGUCCCCCUCUGUAUGUCUGCGGUCUCCAUGGUCAUAAUGACCAAGCGGCCAUCCAAGGGAGCCAGCGAUCCCUUCUUGGCAGAGUGUCUGCAGAUCAUGCCCAAGGAGGCGAGGAAAGUCAGCGUAAUUAGCAUUGGAGGACUGGAACCUGGUUGCCUCUCAUCACUGGCCUGCCAGAUGCUGGGAGUUAAAGGCAUUCCCAGACUGCUAGCUGAAAUCCUGGUGACCAAAAGCAACGGCGUACCACAGUGGUGUGAAGAACUCCUACGCGAGAUGAUCUCCGACAGCCUGAUUGAAAUCGUUCCUGCAACGGAGCAGAAUUUGAACAACAAGAAUAUGGUGAUACCAAACAAUGAGGAUCUCUUGCUGAAUGCCAAUGCUGAUUUGAUCACCUCAAGUGCAGUUGGCAGCAAGGACAGUAUUGCCAUGAACACACCAAAAGUGUGUAUUAUCGAUCCGCUGAACAAUGAGAGAAUCAAGGCGAUACAGAUACCAGAAUCAGUCAAAGCAUUGAUUCUGGCAAGAAUAGACCAGAUGAACCCAACAGAUCAGCUGACCGUCAAAUGUGCGUCAAUUCUCGGCGAAUCGUUCCAGCCAGAUUUACUCGAGGCUGUGAUUCCGUCAAAGGAGAAGAAGGAAACUCAGUUGUCGGUGAUACGUCUCAUCAGAAAUGGCGUGUUUGCCUGCGGUGCCAACGUCGACAAGAGCUUGAAUGAGGAAAGAGGCUCAGGUCUACCCAUGAAGAAUCAGUGCUUUUGUACGCUCGAUAAGAAAGCGCAUGAAGAUUUCUCACAGUGUAAAACGCUGGUGUUUGCCUCGGCGACAAUGCAAGAGACGGCCUACGAGAUCCUCCUGGAGGACCAGAGAAUUCUCCUGCAUCGACUGGCAGCCGUGUUCCUUGAGACCAAGGCGUUCAAGUGCAAGUACUGUGGCGGUGGCGAUAUCAUGCCAUACCGAUCGAGGGCCCUGAGCGUGCCAAUGGAAAGUGAAAUGACAGAUGAAGAAAAGGAGGAAUUGUUCUCGGCGGAUGUCGGUGUGUCUAGAACGCAACAUGGCCAGAAGAUGAAGAGUCGGGGUCGACUGAUGUCCAGUUUGCAUGGCGAGGGCUCAUUUUCAAAACCAACUCCCACGUCCUCCCAGAAAUUGUUCAGCAGCAGUCGUGUAGCACCUAUCGAGGAGUCUGAAGAAGACGAUGCUGUAGCACCAUUGAAGCAAGAGAAAACAGGAAAUACGCUUGGAGGGGACUUGAAAGGAGACAAGCAGCAAUCAAGAAGGAAGUCGUGCAUUCAAGAUUUCUUAGGUCUGCCACAUUCCAAGAGUGCAGAGAAAAUAGUCGUCAGUGCCGAGGAAGAGAACAACCUGCUGAGUGACUUCGACCAACGCGAAUGCAACUGUAGUUCUGUGCUAAGAUAUGUCUAUCCCGAGCUGACGCGGCAUUGGAAGUGUGCGGGAGAUGCCAGGAAUACAAUCUAUGCCCUGUGCCAUGCUGCUGCUGCCGAGAUCGGCGUCAAUGAACUCACUCAGGCACUUGCAUACCUGGAGGAGGUGGAGAAUAUCAUUGACAUGCUGAAAGAGGGACAGAAUCCAUUUGAACGAUAUGUGUCGCAGGCUUUCAAUCAAAACGUCUCCAAGAAUGCCUAUGCUGUAUUCUACAUGUUUAAAGGACAGGCACAUGCUCAACUAGGAAAAGGUCUCCAAGCUGAACAGUGCCUUAGAAAGGCCUUGAAGCUGUGGAAGAAGUCUCAGCCAUCCAAUUCAUUGUCCUGUUCCAUCACCAUAGCCAUCGAGAAGUUCAGGCUAAGCAAGCACAGGAAAACCCCCAGUGACUCCAAGGUUCAGCCUGCUGACAGUCUUGCAAGUGAUCAAAUGGAACAAAGUGAUGUUGUGAGAUGCUUGCACGACCUCUACCAGAUCCACAUGAUCCAUCAGAACUUCAAGAGUGCAUUCGCUGUAGCGCUGCAGCAGCUGAACAUAGUAGAAAAGUCAGUCCAUUCCUUAUCAUCAGUCGUGUCUGCAUACACAUGUAUAAUCGAAGUGAGCACGGCACUCGGCAAGAAAGAAUUCGCCGCAACGUACCAGAACAUUGCUCUUGACAGGAUCAAUGAUUCCAUUGAUGACCUAACUCCAGAUGAUGUUCUCUCCAUCUCCUGCCUCCACUCGACAAUGAUGCAGGCGUACCUCAACAAGGGAAGACUUGUAGAAGCCUGUGAUGCUGGUCAGAAUGUGAUUCGGAUUACCCAGCGUAUCCACGCACCAGAAGUGGUGCUGCAUGUCCUCCCCAGCCUGGCAGAAGCAUUGUUGCUCAGGAUGGAGAAUGUUGGAUGUGUUCGAGUGCUAAAGAACAUCCAGUUGAUAGCCGAGGAACUGAGGGAUAAGAUUGGUUUGACAUGGUACUAUGUGGGCUCCAUGAGCCUUGUACUCCACACUGGUCAUAUUUUAGAGGAUCCUGAAGUUUGUAAUGAAUACUUCACUGAAACGUGGAGCCAUCCAUCACUCACACCUGAGAAGAUCCUCAAGUUUCAUGUUGCCAUUGCAAUGUGCCUAUGGUACACAAGAACUGGGAGUAUCUUUAAGGCAGAGAGCUGGUAUUCCAGAGCCGAGGAGGUUAUGCCAACAUUGGAGACAUUCCGCACAUUCAUGGGGAGUCUGGCCUACUCGAAGGUCGUCGAGUGUCAGUUACUGCGGCUGAGUCAGUUCUCAACGAGCAGCAGUCGACCCGACUUGAUUGAAUGGAAGGUUCAGCUCAAGGACGUGAUGAAGACCUUCAUCAAGAUCUGCAAGCAUAUUGAGGUCAUCCAGCCGAGGAGACUCCUCCUGGAAGCUUUCGCUCACGGUAUCAGUGGCAAUGACAAAGCAAUGAGGUCAAGCCUGGCGGCGUGCAUAGCCAAGUCCGAGCAGCUGAGCGUAACCUUUGACAAAGCCUGGGCACAACACAAUCAGAAGAUGUGGGAGUCGGAAAAUAUUGUCCAAGUACCGUUUUGGAAGCGUCGAUGGGGACGCGACCCGUCUCUCAAUGAGAUGCUGAAAGGUGCAGAUGAAGAAACGGAGACAAAUAUGAAUGUGCAGUUCACGUUGCCACUACCAGAGUGGUUCUCGCAGAUGUGUCUCAUUGGUAAUAUGGAAAUGUAG